UGUUUAAAAAAAAAAAAUACUUUCCUCUCGUAUAGAUUGUUUUGAAUUUUUGUUUUGGACUUUUGGUCUAUUUAAUUAAACUUAUAAUUUCUAAUUAAAAAUUAUAUAAUUCCGUUUGAUAAACCGGACUUAUCGCUCUAUCUUUCUUACCAUCAUUGACCACAUUUAAAAGUUAGUUUUAAUUUAGUAAAUCUAAAACAAAACAAUGUCGAUAGAAAUUGAAUCAGCGGAUGUUAUUCGCCUCAUCCAACAGUACCUCAAAGAGUCUAACCUAACAAAAACUCUACAAACAUUGCAGGAAGAAACAGGAGUGUCACUCAAUACAGUUGAUAGUGUUGAUGGUUUCUGUGCAGACAUCAACAAUGGCCACUGGGACACAGUCCUGAAAGCCACUGCUUCGCUAAAGUUACCAGACAAGAAGUUGAUGGAUCUGUACGAACAAGUCGUUCUUGAGUUGAUAGAGUUGAGGGAAUUGGGUGCUGCCCGGACACUGCUACGGCAAACUCAGCCCUGCUUACUGAUGAAGCAACAAGAAACAGACAGAUAUAUGCAUUUAGAGAACAUGUUAGCUCGUUCGUAUUUUGACCCACGCGAGGCCUACGGUGGCGCUCGCGGUACGGCGGGCGGCGGCAAGGAGUGGCGACGCGCGGCGCUCGCGGCUGCGCUGGCGGGAGAGGUGUCUGUGGUGCCCUCCUCUCGUCUGCUGGCGCUGCUGGGACAGGCACUCAAGUGGCAACAGCAUCAAGGGCUUUUACCACCUGGUACAACCAUUGACUUGUUCCGUGGUAAAGCCGCGAUAAGAGAUGAAGAAGAUGAUCAAUGUCCUACACAACUCUCGAAAAUGAUCCGGUUUGGUCAGAAGUCACAUGUUGAAUGUGCAAGAUUCUCCCCGGAUGGUCAAUAUCUGGUGACUGGGUCAGUGGACGGUCUGGUGGAGGUGUGGAACUUCACGACGGGCAAGAUCCGCAAGGACCUGCGUUACCAGGCCCAGGAUGAGUACAUGAGCAUGGAGGAGGCCGUACUGAGCCUGGCCUUCGCGCGCGACAGUGACACCCUCGCCGCCGGCUCCAAUGACGGCAAAAUUAAGGUGUGGAAGGUGUCGUCGGGCCAGGUGCAGCGCAAGCUGGAGCGCGCGCACGCCAAGGGCGUCACGUGUCUGCAGUUCACGAGGGACAACACGCAGAUACUGUCCGCUUCCUUCGACCGCACCAUCAGGAUCCACGGGUUAAAGUCGGGCAAGAUAUUGAAGGAGUUCCGCGGACACACGUCGUUCGUGAACGAGGCGGUGUUCACUCCGGACGGACACAGCGUGCUCAGCGCCUCGUCCGACGGCACUGUUAAAGUAUGGUCCGUGCGCACGGGCGAGUGCUCGGCGACGCUGAAGCCGCUGGGCUCGGGCGAGCCGCCCGUCAACUCGCUGCUGCUCACGCCCAAGAACCCCGACCACUUCGUCGUGUGCAACCGCACCAACACCGUCGUCAUCAUGAACAUGCAGGGUCAGAUAGUGCGCUCGUUCUCGAGCGGGCGGCGCGAGGCGGAGGGCGGGUCGCUGGUGUGCGCGGCGCUGGGCGCGCGCGGCCGCCUCGUGUACUGCGCGGGCGAGGACCUCGUGCUGUACGCCUUCUGCGCCGCCAGCGGGAAGCUGGAGCGGACCAUCAAUAUUCACGAGAAAGCUGUCAUUGGUAUGACUCAUCACCCUCAUCAGAAUCUUCUAGCCACAUAUAGUGAGGACGGACUGCUCAAGUUGUGGAGGCCAUAGAAUAAGUUUAUUUGUGUAGAAGUUAUACUUGUGUUAUACAGAGCUAGCUUAACUAUCAUGUAAGAGGUGGUCUGUCUAAUCCUAUAGUGGGGAAAGCAAUAAGGUGUUUUUAGGAUUUACUUGAGCAUGGCAGAUGAUUCAGGGUAUUCAACAACAUACCAGGUUGCCUCGCUAUAUAGAUUUUAAUGUAUUCAUUAAAUCUUCUGAUUUCGUUUUCGCGAAAGGUGUGAAAGUUUGUAUGGAAAGUCCUUCGUUUUUCAAGUUACAUAAUAUUUGUAAAAAUUGGUAUGUAAAAUACUGAAAAUAUUGUCAUUCAAGAUUUAUCAAAAUUCUACCCUUAAAGGGUUAAAAAGGGGUUGAAGUACUUUUUUAAAUAUAAAUCAUUCUUGUCAACAUGUCUUAUGUUAUAUUUUUGUAAAAUGAUUAGUGGACUAUUUAAUAGAUGUGAAACAUGCGAAAAUAUAAAUUAAAGGGGGUGAAAUGGUGAGGAAACCUGCAUACCAGAGAAUUUUCAGUCCUCUGCGUGUGUGAAGUCUGCCAAUCCGCAUUGGGCCAGCGUGGCGGACUAUUGGCCUAACCCCUCUCAUUCUGAAAGGAGACUCGAGCUCAGCAGUGAGCCGAAUAUGGGUUGAUAAUGAUGAAAUAGGGAUUGAGAUUUUACAUAGAUUUCCACGUGGACAGUCGCGGGCGUCCGCUAGUAUUUUACAUAUAACCCGAGAAACCCCGCUGCCUCAUUAGUUUAAGGUUUAGUCUGAGGUCUCCGAUCACGAAGUCCUGGGUUCGAGACCUGGGUCGAACUGUGAGAUGCUGAGCUUUUAUUUAUUAAAAAAAAUCAGUAAAAACGCUCAGCACACAGUUCGGCAACUCAUGGUAGAGCAUGUUACGCUAUUGAUCCUGGUCAUUAUCGUUAACAUUGAUGGUGAUUGUACAGCUCGUGCGGAUUACCUUUACACCUGGCUCGAAUGAUGUUUGUAGGUACUGUUUGUAUGGAUGUGUUUGGUAGCCAGGUGUCAAGUUAAUGCGCAAUGGUUAUACAAUAAUUUUACUUUAAAAUCUUCUGUGAAUAAAAAAGCUUUUUGAACUUCCUUCACUAUUAUUAUGGACAGGCAGCCUCGUAAUAUAUGAUUUCCAUAAAAUAUACCAAAUGAGCUUUUCAUGAGUAUACCCUAUACAUUAUAGGGUUAGUUUUGUUUGGUAACAUUAGAUAUUAAUGUGUUAAUAUAUAGAUUUUAAUGUAUUAAUUUUAAGGAACAUAAUAAAAAUUAUGACGCAUA